UUUUCUCUUUCUCUCUCCUAGCAUGAAGAUGAGGUGAGGUAUAUAUAGUAUAGGAUCGGGAAAGGAGGACGUGAAUCGUGAAUCUGAAGCAAAAGAAUAAUGUCACGAGAAAUGGUGUACGUGCAACAGUGCAUGGGUAUCAAUGGCCUCGAGAAAAUCAUUCUUAGAGAAGUUCGCGGCUUCUCUGCAGAGGUUUAUCUAUAUGGUGGCCAAGUUACAUCAUGGAAGAAUGAACUAGGGGAGGAAUUGCUCUUUGUCAGUAGUAAGACUAGUUUUAAGCCUCCGAAAGCCAUACGUGGAGGUAUUCCGAUAUGCUUUCCACAAUUUUCAAAUCAUGGUUCUCUCGAGAACCAUGGAUUUGCCAGGAAUAGGUUUUGGACCUUAGAUCCUAAUCCUCCGCCAUUUGCAACAACUAGCAACAACAAAGCUUUCAUUGAUUUGAUUCUUAAGAACUCUGAAGAAGAAACAAAAAGUUGGCCCCAUAGAUAUGAGUUUCGCUUGAGGAUAGCUUUGGGACCUGCAGGAGAUCUGAUGUUGACAUCUCGCAUUCGAAAUACAAAUACAGAUGGAAAAUCAUUCACCUUCACAUUUGCCUAUAAUACAUACUUAUAUGUUACUGACGUCAGUGAAGUGCGAAUUGAAGGAUUAGAGACACUAGAUUAUCUGGACAACUUGAAGAAUAAAGAACGAUUUACUGAACAAGGAGAUGCUAUAACAUUUGAGUCUGAAGUGGACAAAGUAUACUUAAGCACUCCGACAAAAAUUGCUAUCAUAGAUCACGAAAGGAAGAGAACCUUUGUAUUGAGGAAAGAUGGGCUUCCUGAUGCAGUGGUAUGGAACCCGUGGGACAAGAAAUCAAAAAGCAUACCUGAUUUAGGAGAUGCUGAUUAUAAACAUAUGCUUUGUGUUCAAGCUGCUUGUGUAGAAAAAGCAAUUACUCUUAAACCUGGUGAAGAGUGGAAAGGAAGGCAAGAAAUUUCUGCAGUUCCUUCAAGUUAUUGUAGUGGUCAACUUGACCCACGGAAAGUACUUUUUAGUUAUUAGGAGAAUGAUCCAGUUCCAAUAUUCUUUGUAAAGGUACUUCAUUAUUUCUUGAUGGAUUACACAAGUUAAUUAUAUCAUAUUAAUAUGAACCUUUUGAGAUUAUGUGUGCUGCAAAUUUUACUCCAACUAUGAAGUUAAUUUUAAUGGCGUAAGAUUCAUCUUGGUUGAUGAAAACCCAUUAUAUGAAAAAUGAAAUACACCAGUUUUGCUUUUAUUCAUGAUUUAUAUGAAAAGUGAAAUACACCA